GCGGUCGAUCGGGACUCCACCACCAGCUGUCCUGGGCUCCCUCCUCGGGCCUGGCCCAUUCAAGCCGCGGUAGAAUCGCGGGCAGUGAGUUUGGGGGGCGGAGGGAGGACCUCGAGGCUCCUUUUCUUCAAUCCCAAAUCCUGCUUCUCCCGGAGACGAGGCUUUUGCUAGGGCAUCUCUGCGGUCUGGGUUUGAGGGGGGAGGAGCGAAAGAUGGGGCAGUCUUCUCACAGCCAACUGAGAAAAGGCUGGGAGGCUACAGGAGUGCCUGGCGGAUGGGACUGCCGCGAGGCUGGGGAAACGGGGUGGAAGUGGCUUGGACCUAGUGAGAGAGGCACAACUGGGGUCCGGACCGGCCACAGGCAGUAACGCUACACCUGGCCCUCUUCAGCCCCGGGGUCCGCCCUCUACCCCGGCUAGGCACCGGGGCAGGGAGGACCAUGGCUCGCCUCUUCAGUCCCCGGCCGCCCCCCAGCGAAGAUCUCUUCUACGAGACCUAUUACAGCCUGAGCCAGCAGUACCCACUGCUGCUGCUGCUGCUGGUGAUCGUGCUCUGCGCGCUCCUGGCGAUGCUGGCUGUCGCGUCAGCCAGCGGCAGGGAUCUAGUUUCAGAUUCGGGCUUCCUGACCACUGUGCUGUGUGCACUGGGUGGCUUCUCCCUUCUCCUGGGCUUGGCUUCCUGUGAGCAACGACUGCAGCGCUGGACACGUCCCCUGUCGGUCCUCGUGUGGGCAGCGCUACUUGGGCUAGGCCAUGGCUUCCUGUUCACUGGGGGCCUGGUGAGCGCCUGGGACCAGGUGUCCUUUUUUCUCUUCAUCAUCUUCACUGUGUAUGCCAUGUUGCCCUUGGGCAUGUGGGAUGCCGCAGCUGCAGGCCUUGCCUCAUCACUGUCCCACCUGCUGGUCCUUGGGCUGUACCUUGGGCCUCAGCCUGACUCCCGGCCACCGCUGCUGCCACAGCUGGCAGCAAACGCCGUGCUGUUCUUGUGCGGGAACGUGGCUGGAGCCUAUCACAAGGCACUGAUGGAGCGUGCGCUGCGCGCCACGUUCCGGGAGGCCCUUCGGUCCCUGCAUUCGCGCCGGAGGCUGGACACUGAGAAGAAGCACCAGGAACACCUACUCUUAUCCAUCCUUCCUGCCUACUUGGCCCGAGAGAUGAAGGCAGAGAUCAUGGCACGGCUUCAAGCUGGACAGGGGUCACGGCCAGAGAGCACCAACAACUUCCACAGCCUCUAUGUCAAGAGGCACCAGGGAGUCAGCGUGCUGUAUGCUGACAUCGUGGGCUUCACACGGCUGGCCAGUGAAUGCUCCCCUAAGGAGUUGGUGCUCAUGCUCAACGAGCUCUUUGGCAAGUUCGACCAGAUUGCCAAGGAGCAUGAAUGCAUGCGGAUCAAGAUUCUGGGAGACUGUUACUACUGUGUCUCUGGGCUCCCACUUUCUCUGCCUGACCAUGCCAUCAACUGCGUGCGCAUGGGGCUGGACAUGUGCCGGGCCAUCAGGAAACUCCGCGCAGCCACUGGCGUGGACAUCAACAUGCGUGUGGGCGUGCAUUCGGGCAGCGUGCUCUGCGGAGUCAUCGGGCUGCAGAAGUGGCAGUAUGACGUCUGGUCCCAUGAUGUCACACUGGCCAACCACAUGGAGGCGGGUGGCGUGCCAGGACGAGUGCAUAUUACAGGGGCUACCCUGGCCUUGCUAGCAGGGGCCUACGCUGUGGAGGAUGUAUCCAUGGAACACCGGGACCCAUACCUUCGGGAGCUAGGGGAGCCCACCUACCUCGUCAUCGAUCCCCGGGCUGAGGAGGAGGAUGAGAAGGGCACUGCAGGAGGGCUGCUGUCCUCUCUUGAGGGCCCCAAGAUGCGUCCAUCACUGCUAAUGACGCGCUACCUGGAGUCCUGGGGCGCAGCCAAGCCUUUUGCUCACCUGAGCCACCUAGAGAGCCCUGUGUCCACCUCUACCCCUCUCCCAGAGAAGGCCCUUGCCUCCUUCAGCCCCCAGUGGAGCCUGGACCGGAGCCGUACCCCCCGAGGACUAGAUGAAGACCUGGAUACUGGGGAUGCCAAGUUCUUCCAAGUCAUCGAACAGCUCAACUCUCAGAAACAAUGGAAGCAGUCAAAGGACUUCAGCCCACUGACACUGUACUUCAGAGAGAAGGAGUUGGAGAAAGAGUAUCGACUCUCUGCCCUCCCCGCCUUCAAAUACUAUGCAGCCUGCACCUUCCUGGUCUUCCUCUCCAAUUUCAUCAUCCAGAUGCUGGUGACCAACAGGCCCCCAGCUCUGGCCAUCACCUAUAGCAUCACCUUCCUUCUCUUCCUCCUCCUCCUCUUCGUCUGCUUCUCAGAGCACCUGACGAAGUGUGUCUUGAAAGGCCCCAAGAUGCUACACUGGCUUCCCACACUGUCUGGCUUGGUGGCCACACGGCCCGGACUGCGAGUUGCCCUGGGCACUGCCACCAUCCUCCUCGUUUUUGUCAUGGCUAUUACCAGUCUGUUCUUCUUACCGGCAGCAUCAAACUGCCCUUCCCGGGCUCCCAAUGUGUCCUCCGUGGCUUUCAACCUCUCCUGGGAGCUCCCUGGGUCCCUGCCUCUCAUCAGCGUCCCGUACUCUAUGCACUGUUGCGUGCUGGGGUUCCUGUCCUGCUCCCUCUUUCUGCACAUGAGCUUUGAGCUGAAGUUGCUGCUGCUCCUGCUGUGGCUGGGAGCCUCCUGCUCCCUCUUCCUGCACUCCCAUGCCUGGCUGUCUGACUGCCUUAUCGCCCGCCUCUAUCCAGAUCCCUUGGACUCCAGGCCAGGGGUGCUGAAGGAGCCCAAACUCAUGGGAGCUAUCUCCUUCUUCAUCUUCUUCUUCACCCUCCUUGUCCUGGCUCGGCAGAAUGAGUAUUACUGCCGCCUGGACUUUCUGUGGAAGAAGAAGCUGCGGCAGGAGCAGGAGGAGACAGAGACAAUGGAGAACCUGACUCGGCUCCUGCUGGAGAAUGUGCUCCCCGCACACGUGGCCCCCCAGUUCAUCGGCCAGAACCGGCGCAAUGAGAAGCUUCUUCGAGUGUUGAUGGGAGAUGUAUGGAGAACAUACACCCAGCCCUCUGGACCUGCACUAUCCAGGAUGGUAGCCAGUAGCCAUGUGGGGCCAUUUACAUUUAAAUUAAUUAAAAUGGAACAUUCAGGGUCUCAGUCUCACUGGACACAUUUCAAGUGUCUAAGAGCUGCUUAUGGCCAGUGGCAACCAUAUCAGACAUCGCAUACUCAGAACUUUCCAACCACAGGAUUUUCCAUUGGUAGAUGUUAAUCUUCAUCCUCAAAUGCUCUCUGGUCAGACCAUCAGAGAAGGUCACCCACAUAUUAGUGCCAUUUUGUCUGUACUGCCUGAACUUAUCCCUGUCUGCUAUGGAGAUACUGUUGGCCUGUCUUGAGGAAUGUUAAAAGAAGCAGGUCAGGGUCUAUUCACAGCUUUAUGUCCCCACCAGUUGCUCUCUGCACUCAAGGUUGGCAGUAGAUCUACUUCCGCUGGUUUCUACUCUUAUUUAUACUGGGACUCUUGUAAUUCUUCCUGUUUCUGUCUUCACAUGGGCUGCUAGAAAGCCCAGAGCCAGAACCUAGGACUGACAAGGACUUUGUGUCACCCCUUUUAUGAACCAACUUCAAAUAGGAUUCCAUCUUUCCUGUCUUACUUUUAUUUUUCCUUUGUCACAUUUCCCCUAUUAUUUUAUCUUCCAUAUUGAAGCUAUCUUUGUAAACUGAGUUAACUGGCUUAACACCCAUUAGCAGUAAGAUAGGACAGAAAGACAGUUCCCACUAAUAUGAUCCCAGUUCUUGAAGAGACGCCUCUCACAUUGCUAUGAGGUGACCCUGGCUCCAAACCCCUAUCUCUCCUGGAAUCAUAAUGAGACCCAAUCUUUGACUACCGAGUCACACAUCCAGGUGACCUGGCCCUACCCUCUCCCUCCUUUCCAAUCCUU